GUAAAUGGCACAUGUAACUGUAAACGUGGCUGGACAGGAAGCUCAUGUGAGGUGGAUGAGGAUGAGUGUGACUCAGACCCAUGUCCGGACAAUGCACAGUGCCAGAACACAGCAGGAAGCCAUCAAUGUAUCUGUAAUCCUGGCUACUAUAUGAACAACUCUUUAUGUGUGGAGUGUGCUGAGGGAACUUAUGGCCAGGACUGUACUCUUACUUGCAGCUGUAACCAAACCAACGUAGAAUCCUGCAAUAAGGUAAAUGGCACAUGUAACUGUAAACGUGGCUGGACAGGAAGCUCCUGUGAGGUGGAUGAGGAUGAGUGUGACUCAGACCCAUGUCCGGACAAUGCACAGUGCCAGAACACAGCAGGCAGCCAUCAAUGUAUCUGUAAUCCUGGCUACUAUAUGAACAACUCUUUAUGUGUGGAGUGUGCUGAAGGUACUUAUGGUCAGGACUGUUCUCUUACUUGCACCUGUAACCAGACCAACACAGACACUUGCAAUAAGGUAAAUGGCACAUGUAACUGUAAACGUGGCUGGACAGGAAGCUCUUGUGAGGUGGAUGAGGAUGAGUGUGACUCAGACCCAUGUCCGGACAAUGCACAGUGCCAAAACACAGCAGGCAGCCAUCAAUGUAUCUGUAAUCCUGGCUACUAUAUGAACAACUCUUUAUGUGUGGAGUGUGCUGAAGGAACUUAUGGUCAGGACUGUUCUCUUACUUGCACCUGUAACCAGACCAACACAGACACUUGCAAUAAGGUAAAUGGCACGUGUAACUGUAAACGUGGCUGGACAGGAAGCUCUUGUGAGGUGGAUGAGGAUGAGUGUGACUCAGACCCAUGUCCGGACAAUGCACAGUGCCAGAACACAGCAGGCAGCCAUCAAUGUAUCUGUAAUCCUGGCUACUAUAUGAACAACUCUUUAUGUGUGGAGUGUGCUGAAGGAAAUUAUGGUCAGGACUGUUCUCUUACUUGCACCUGUAACCAGACCAACACAGAAACUUGCAAUAAGGUAAAUGGCACAUGUAACUGUAAACGUGGCUGGACAGGAAGCUCUUGUGAGGUGGAUGAGGAUGAGUGUGACUCAGACCCAUGUCCGGACAAUGCACAGUGCCAAAACACAGCAGGCAGCCAUCAAUGUAUCUGUAAUCCUGGCUACUAUAUGAACAACUCUUUAUGUGUGGAGUGUGCUGAAGGAACUUAUGGUCAGGACUGUUCUCUUACUUGCACCUGUAACCAGACCAACACAGACACUUGCAAUAAGGUAAAUGGCACAUGUAACUGUAAACGUGGCUGGACAGGAAGCUCAUGUGAGGUGGAUGAGGAUGAGUGUGACUCAGACCCAUGUCCGGACAAUGCACAGUGCCAGAACACAGCAGGAAGCCAUCAAUGUAUCUGUAAUCCUGGCUACUAUAUGAACAACUCUUUAUGUGUGGAGUGUGCUGAAGGAAAUUAUGGUCAGGACUGUUCUCUUACUUGCACCUGUAACCAGACCAACACAGAAACUUGCAAUAAGGUAAAUGGCACAUGUAACUGUAAACGUGGCUGGACAGGAAGUUCAUGUGAGGUGGAUGAGGAUGAGUGUGACUCAGACCCAUGUCCGGACAAUGCACAGUGCCAGAACACAGCAGGCAGCCAUCAAUGUAUCUGUAAUCCUGGCUACUAUAUGAACAACUCUUUAUGUGUGGAGUGUGCUGAAGGAACUUAUGGUCAGGACUGUUCUCUUACUUGCACCUGUAACCAGACCAACACAGACACUUGCAAUAAGGUAAAUGGCACAUGUAACUGUAAACGUGGCUGGACAGGAA